AUGAUCAGCACUAUCAGCGGAGGACCUACCGUUGCGGGGACGAGCCACCGUUCGAUGAAACAGUAUGUGCGUGCCGCGCAGUUCCCUCAGGUGCUCGGAAUAGAGAUGAAUCGGUUCCAGGAAACACCAAAAGUUCAUUGGGAGCCGAUCACAUUUUGCCAAGAGGAAGAAGAGGGAAUCCUCUAUCCCCACGACGACCCAAUGAUCAUCCGAGCUGAAAUUGCCGAUUACGAUGUAGGGCGAGUGCUGAUCGAUACCGGGAGCUCCGUGAGCGUAAUCUUUGCUGAAGCUUUCAGAGAGAUGGGAAUCAAUGACAACCAAGUCGACCGGCAGUUGACACCUCUGUUAAGCUUCUCUGGAGACUUGGUCCAACCGAUCGGUAGUGUCAGACUGCCAAUUACAUUUGGCACGGCGCCGAGAAAAACAACAACGUACGAUCAGUUCCUCAUCGUCGACUGCCCGACGGCAUACAACGUUAUCGUUGGCCGAACGGCACUGACGAGGAUCAAGGCGCAUCUUUCGCCCCACAUGCUGUUGAUGAAAUUCCCUACCCCGAACGGCACGGGGGCAAUCCGGGGAAAUCAAUUCAGCGCGCGGACUUGCUACGCUACGGCGCUCAAGGCAACCUCGUUCAUACUCCCCAACGAGACCAUGACGGUGCAAGGUUUACCGAACGGUACUGGACCGGUUGACGACCCUAGAGAUGAAUCUCCCACCCCUCACACACAACCUGCCGAAGAAUUGGAAACCAUAACCUUGAGCGAUGAACAGCCCGAUCGACAGGUUAGAAUCGGCACUAGACUCACUGCGAACCUCCGAGCGCAAUUCAUAGACUUCUUGCGGCUCCAUUCGGAAGUUUUCGCAUGGUCUUACGAGGACAUGCCCGGCAUCGCCCCGGACGUGAUUAGCCAUAAACUCACCAUCUCCUCCGCCUAUAAGCCCGUAAGGCAGAAGCGCCGAUCAUAUGAUGCCGAACGGUAUGAAGCGAUGCGCACGGAAGUCGAGAAACUUCAAACCAUCGGUUUCAUCCGGGAAGCAACGUAUCCGGUAUGGCUUGCCAACUCCGUCAUGGUAAGAAAGUCCACGGGCGGGUGGCGGAUGUGCCAAGACUAUACCGACCUCAACAAGGCCUGCCCGAAGGAUAGCUUUCCGUUGCCACGGAUAGACCAGCUCGUGGAUGCCACUGCCGGCCACGAACUGCUGAGCUUUAUGGAUGCCUACUCCGGCUAUAACCAGAUAUUCAUGCACCCUCCCGACAGCGAACAUACCGCAUUCAUAACGGACAAAGGAACUGCCGAAGAUCACCUGCAGAACUUAUCGAUCAUGUUCGGCAUACUCAAAGAGUACAGGAUGAGGCUGAACCCGAAGAAAUGCGCCUUCGGUGUAUCUUCCGGGAAAUUCCUCGGAUUCAUGAUCAGUCAGAGGGGGAUUGAGGCGAAUCCCGAGAAAAUAAAGGCAAUCAUCGAUAUGGAGAGGCCGAAGACGACGAAGGACAUUCAGAGCCUUACCGGACGCGUGGCCGCCCUGCCCCGCUUCAUAUCGAAGGCUACCGAUAAAUGUGUACCGUUCUUCAAAGCCUUGAAAGGGGGCAAACGGGAUAUCACAUGGACUGCCGAAUGCGAUAACGCAUUUCAAGCCCUGAAGAACUACAUGAGCAAAGCCCCCCUUUUGUCAAAACCGCUGCCUGGGGAAAUUCUCUACCUCUACCUUUCGGUAUCCGGAACUGCCGUCAGCUCGGUACUAAUUCGGAAGCCAGAGAAGGCAGAAUUACCAAUUUUCUACUGUCAGCAAGGCACUCCAGAGCGCGGAACUUCGGCACACGGGAUCAAAGUCCUGACCAACCAACCCCUCCGGCAAGUCCUCCAGAAACCAGAAAUUUCGGGCCGAUUGAUCAAAUGGGCGAUCGAACUCGGGGAAUUCGACAUACAGUUCGUUCCGAGGCCCGCGGAGAAGGGCCAGGCUGUUGCCGAUUUUAUCUCCGAGCUUACCCCAGCGACAGUACAACCGACAUCUGAGGCAAUUACCGAGACCAUCUUGCCGGAUCAACCAGGCGCCGAACGCCUCGACACAUCAACUCCCGUCUGGGGUUUGCACGUCGAUGGCUCGGCAAACCAACAAGGAUGCGGAGCGGGCUUGGUGCUGACAACACCGGACGGACAGAAGAUCGAAUACGCCCUCCGAUUCGACUUCCGGACAUCCAACAAUGAAGCGGAAUACGAAGCCCUCUUGGCCGGCCUUCGGUUAGCCAAGAGCAUGAAUGCAAAGCAAAUCCGAAUUCACAGCGACUCCCAGCUCAUUGUGAACCAGGUAACGGCAGACUUCGCCGCCAAGGAUGCCUCCAUGUACGCCUACCUUUCAACCGCCCAUCAGCUACUCCGAAGUUUCCAAGCAUACGAGAUCAAACAGAUCCCCAGAGGCGAAAACAGCCAUGCCGAUGCUUUGGCAAGACUCGCUUCGGCGAUAAACGACAAAGUCGGAAGAAAGGUACCAGUGGAGAUCCUUGCCCAACCGAGCACGGUAACCUCCGAAGCGUGUGCCGUACGGUAUGAGGAUACAUGGAUGUCUCCCAUCUACUUAUACCUGACGAACGGCACCCUUCCUGAGGAUAAAGCCCAGGCCCGAAAGCUGAGAUACCGAUCAGCAAGAUACACAGUUAUCAACGAUGUACUCUACAAGCGCGGCUACACUACCCCGUAUCUCAAAUGCCUCACGGCAGAGCAAGGGGAGUACAUCCUUCGGGAGAUUCACAGCGGUGUGUGUGGCGACCAUUCCGGGUCCCGAUCUCUCGCCUACAAAGUCUUUCGGCAGGGAUACUUUUGGCCAACCAUGCAUCAGGACGCCAAUACACUAGUGAAGAGGUGUGACAAAUGCCAGCGCUUCGGUAAUGUCCCACAUAUCCCUGCCGAACCCCUCACGCCGAUUUUGGACAAGGCAAAAGGAGCCUGGCCGGAAAAGCUUCCCGAGGCACUGUGGGCCAUUCGAACGUCUUACCGAACGUCCACUGGGGAAACCCCUUUUUCUAUGGCCUUUGGAUCGGAAGCAGUGGUNCCCGUGGAAAUCGGCGAACCUUCCUACCGAACGGAAUCCUUCGCACCGAAGGAGAACGAGGAGGCCAUGUCUCUAAGCCUUGANCUACUCGAGGAGCACCGAGCNCAGGCCAACCUUCGGAAUGAAGCCUACAAACAGCGUGUGUCUCGGUAUUACGACUCUAGGGUCAGACCCCGCUCUUUCCGAAUCGGGGACUGGGUCAUGCGCAAGGUGUCGCUUGCGACGAAGGAUACCACGGAAGGAACCCUCGGACCUUCCUGGGAAGGACCUUAUGAAGUCAUCGGUAUCCUUCGCUCGGGAACCUACCGAUUGAGAGGCUCCAACGGCAAGGCCCUCGGCCAUCCUUGGAACGUAGAACAUCUCAAGUACUACUACAAGUGA